CACCCAUCGUUGAAUGUUUACAUCAUGGCGACGAUCAUACCGACUGAUUCCUCCGGUGAUGGUGAUGGCAAUAACAUCCCAGAAGAAGACAAAUGUCUUGUUCAUGAAACAUUUAAAGAAGCAGAUGAAAUUAGAAGCCUUAUUAAAAAUGUGGUCAAUAUCUGGGAGGAUCCAGUUGCAAUGGAAAUGGCAGCUGAAAGAUUUAGAAUCAUUGUUGAUGAUUAUCAAGAGCAGCCACACCUGAUUGAUCCAUACUUAGAGGAGUUUUUAGUUUCUUUGCUGGAAAUUGGAAAAAAAUUGACCACCCCUAAACCUGUCUCCAAGCAAGUGUUUACAUAUUUGUAUCUAAUAACAAAAAUGAGAGGCUUUAAAUAUGUGGUCAAGUUACUUCCCCAUGAAGUAUCAGACAUGGAACCAUUGCUGACCCUUAUUGAGUUACAGGAUCCAAAUGACCAUGAACUCUGGGAAACCAGAUAUAUGCUUUUAGUCUGGCUCUCCAUUGUGUGUUUAAUACCUUUUGACUUGAAGAGAUUGGACAGUAAUCUGAAUCAGGGAGAUGGAAAUGUUAAAGCUAAAACUAUGGACAGAAUUAUGACAAUUUGCAAGACUUAUUUAUCUGUGAAUGAUAAAAGUAGAGAUGCAGCAGGCUACCUAAUGUCUAGAUUCUUGACACGUCCAGAUGUUAAACAAGUACUUCUUCCCCAGUCUCUGGACUGGAUGAUGCAAAUUCUGAAAACUUCAGACUACACUCAAGUAUUUGAUUGUAGCAGACUUUGUGGAGUAUUAAAUACUUUGGCUUUGUUGUUUAAACAUGGGAAAAGAGAGGAUUUACUUCAAUAUGCACCAGUAGUAAUGAGAGUUACACUAGAUGCCAAGCUUGAAGAAUGCAAUAGUUGUGUUCUCCGUAAAAUGGUCGGCAAGCUCAUCCAACGGCUAGGACUGACUUUUCUGAAAUACAGGGUCACAUCCUGGAGAUAUCAGAGAGGUAAUAGGUCAUUAGCAUUAAAUUUAGGUGAAGGGAUUAACAUAGCAGCAGGUGGAUUAGGAAGUUCUACUUUGGCUAAAGAAGAGGAUGAGGAGAAUGAUGUUCCUGAAGAGAUUGAAGAAAUUAUUGAACAUCUUUUGAUUCAUAUGAAAGACAAGGAAACAAUUGUGAGAUGGACCGCAGCUAAAGGGAUAGGACGAGUGACAGGGCAACUUCCUAAAGAACUUGCAGAUGAUGUUGUUGGAUCAGUAUUGGAUUUAUUUACUUUCCAGGAAAGCGAUGGUGCAUGGCAUGGAGGUUGUUUGGCUUUGGCUGAAUUAGGUCGCAGAGGAUUACUUCUGCCUGAACGUCUUAAAGAUGUUGUUCCAGUCAUCAUGAAAGCCUUGAUGUAUGAUGAAAAACGGGGAAAUUUCUCAGUAGGAGCCCAUGUCAGGGAUGCAGCAUGCUAUGUGUGUUGGGCUUUUGCCAGAGCUUAUGAACCUCAGGACAUAUUACCUUAUGUACAUCAAAUAUCAAAUUAUUUGAUUAUUGUUUCUGUGUUUGACCGAGAAGUCAAUGUGAGGCGAGCAGCUGCAGCAGCCUUCCAGGAAAAUGUUGGCAGACAGGGAACGUUUCCUCAUGGUAUUGAAAUACUUACUACAGUGGACUAUUUUGCUGUUGGCAACAGACCAAAGUGUUACCUCGAGCUCAGCAUGUUUAUUGCCAAAUUUGAAGAAUAUACUCAAGGUGUUAUAGAUCACUUGGUAGAUGUGAAACUUUCCCAUUGGGACAGUACCAUAAGAGAGUUGUCUUCCAAAGCACUUCACAGAUUAACUGCGUGUGCACCACAGUACAUGGCCUCACAAAUAAUACCAAAACUCAUGUCCUGGUCCACUGGCCUAGAUUUGUUUCAACGUCAUGGUUCCAUCCUAGCUAUAGCUGAAAUUGUACAUGCCCUCUACUUGAUAACUCAGUCUAAAAAUGAAAGUCUAGUCCAACUGCUGGGUGAAGAUAUUAUAGACAAAAUACAAGACAUCUGUAGAAAGCUACAUGACCUCAAGAUGUUCAAGAGACAUGGUGGUGAAUUUAUGAGAAUAUCCACUUGUUGUUUGAUUGAGAAAUGUUCAGUGGCUAAACUGCCAUUCCAUAAUAAACCUGUUGUAGAAAUGUGGCGGUCUGUGAUAGAUGAAUGUUUAACAAGAAUUGAGCCAGAGAUACAGGCUGCAGCCAUUUCUGCCAUUCCUUCCUUUUUCUCAGAAUAUUAUACUCAGCCAGAUGGAACUGUCUCACAAGAGAAACAAGCGUCAAUCAUUUCACAGUAUUUAUCUGAACUCAAGUCUUCCAAUCAAGCUGCCAGACAAGGUCACAGUCUAGCCAUAGGGGCUCUACCAAGGAGUAUGCUUAAAGGUCAAUUAAAAACAGUUCUGUCUGGACUCAGAACUGCAUCCCAGAUAACAGAGAAACAAAUGGCAGAAGCAAGAAGGGAUGCUAUUAUUGCUCUGUCAAAUGUAUGUAAGACAGUUGGAGUUGAACACCAUGGCAAUGCUGAGGAGUCAAUCUGUGCUGACAAUGUAGACACAGUCUAUACAGUUUAUCUUGAGGCUAUGAAGGACUAUACAUUAGACAGUAGAGGAGACAUUGGUGCUUGGGUAAGGGAGGCCUCCAUGCAAGCCUUACAUGAUCUAACUAUUCUUAUUGUCAAUUCUGGGUGUCCACUUCUUACUCCCGAGACAGUAAAACAAGUAUUUUGUAGUUUGAUACAACAGGCUGUGGAGAAAAUCGAUAGAACACGGAGACUUGCUGGCAUACUGUUUACUAAGCUUCUCUACCACAAACCAUCAGUUCCUUACAUACCACAAGAGGCUGAGGUAAAAAGUAUUUGUCCAGAAAUACUGGCUUUGGAGACUAACUGGGCUGCUGAGGCUGACACAUAUCCCAUAUUUUCAAAAUUAUUGGCACUAGAGACUUACACCUACAGUGUUUUGCUUGGUCUUGUAGUUAGUGUCGGAGGACUUACUGAAUCUCUUGUCAAAUUUUCUAGUGCCUCACUCCAAGAGUAUAUCAAGUCUUUAUCAAGCAAUCAAUCUCAACUUGUCUCUUUCAUGGAAGUUUUACUUAGAAUAUUUAAAGAUUACCAAAAAGAUGACAGAGUGUCUCUCCCUAUGAUGAAAACUAUUGAUCACAUUCUUUCAUGGGGUCUAGUUGAUUCCAUAGCAUCUGAUAAUCAGGAUUCUAUACCUGAUCAAAUUGUGGAUUUGGUCAAGCUAGAGCUGUACAGAUCUGGAAGCCCUCAGAAACUCAUGGCCGGAGCUGAUGUAUUUUGUGAUCUUCUUCAAUUUGAUGGAAGUCCUAGAAAGAAAAGUUUGAAUCAGCUGAUGAUGCUACUGUGCCAUAAGUACCCAAGGGUGAGGAAAACUACUGCCAACAAACUUUAUGAGGCAUUGCUGACAUACGAUGAGGUUGUACCUCCAGAGAAUACUGGAGAUGUGAUGGCUGUGUUGAGUGAAACUAGCUGGGAUGUACUGGACAUGAAUGACAUCAGAGAACAAAGAAAUAGACUGUGUGAAUUGUUACACAUUAAAGCUCCUGUUUUUGUAAGGAAAACAUAGCCUCUACUAAUGAAAACAAACAAAUGUCAGCACAGGACUAAAAGAACAUUUUUAUGCUGAAAGCAAUUUUUAUUUUUGUGUCUAAAAGCCAGUUAUGCAGUUUUUAAAUUGUGUAUGAAGCUCAGAAGGAAACAUUGAAGCAUUUAUGUGUACAGCUGCUUAUGUCAUUUUUAAUUUGUUGCUUUUGUUUACAUUGAUAUGAAGCUCCAGUUUUUGUUUCUCUAGAAUGUAGUUAAUAAGCCAAUGAGAAACACUUGUGGGAUUGAUUUGUGAGACCAAAUAAAACAUAUUAUUUA